AUGGGCCGCAAAUCCGCUCUCCCCGAAGACCAGCUUGCGUGGCUCGACAGCAUGAGUCAGCAGCUGAUAUGCAAAGUCAAGAACAACGAUGCCGACAUUGAUACCUUUAUUGAGUCUGCAGAGAACUACUGGGAGGAACACUGGGGUCCGUUAACGCCUAAAGAAAAUGUCAUGCAGUAUAGAAAGUGUGUCGAAGACAGGUUCAAAAAUAACCGUUUCCGAGCGAAAGGCGGAAAAGAAAAGUCGUCACCAGGUCCAACUGGAGAGUCAACCCGUCUACCGACAUUUUUCUCCCUCACCCAACAGCCCGACCCAACCCCGUAUGAGCUUUUUCAUAGCGAAAGAUCUGAAGACAUCAACAGAGUAGUCAACGAGCAACGCGAGAAGAACUGCGUGGGACAUCAGCAACACCUCGCCAUGCUUAGAAAGGAGCUUUCAUCCGAGUACAAGUCCACGAAGGCGUUAUGGGUAGCAAAAGCCCGGGAACGGGAGCAAGCGAUGCUAUCAGAUGUGCCUUCUGAAUCUCGGUGCCAGGAAGUCUUCACAGCACAAAUGGAGGACUUCCUGGAAUCAAUUCUUGGCCGUGGCCGAGGGAAGAUUGGUAACGGUAGCUUCGCACUUCUAUAUUCUUACCGGGCAGCUGACAACGCCUUGAAAAUGGGAUGUAUCAAUGCGACGGCCAACAAGGCACCCAAACUCCCGGCACUCUAUCCUCUUGAAUAUAAUCAAAUCAAGAAUAUUUGGGGAAACUACUGCAAUCGGACUAUUCCAUUAAACCAAGACGUCACUCUCACCAGUUCUCAAAAAUUAUUCACCUGUUCUGAGGAUGGAUGCCCUCAUUUUCCCAUUGGUCAGCUUGAUCUAGCCAGGACUCCACCCGUGGAGUUAGAGGGCAUGCUCCGGAACUACUUACAGGCUCAGUAUGACUAUGCAUGGUAUAAAGCCGGAGGAGUUGGCAUUGGGCCCACAGAUUGGGAGCAUGUAGAGUACUCAGACACGCUUCCUGAAGGUUUAGAGCUGCGAGUUCCUAUAGAUGGGGACUAUGGCUACGUUUUUCAGCUCUACGGUUACUUUAACUCGCAGCUGAAGCAGCCGAUCCAGGUCUUCAAAAUUAAGGAUGCAAAUAUUGACAUCUUGUUCUCCUCUGGUUGCCCAGAAGAGCCUGGUAGUCCAGCUUCCGAAGCCAUUCAACCUGAUCCCGAGAGCUCCUCUGAAGCCCCCAACGCCCCCGACGCCCCCGUACGUGAUGAAGUCAUUCCAUAUGAGGCUGCCAGUGCCGAGUUUUUCCCGCUAGCUGAUAUGGAUAUUGGUGGAGACAUGACACCGGAUGUCACAAACGUAACUCAAGUCCCUGCCAGCCGUUGCCAGACACCAGCAUUGCCAGCCUCUGCUGUGCAAGGAUUAAUCGAGGGACCAAGAGAUGAUCAGGUUACCCCUUCACGACGGCAAGUCUCCCCAAAUGGUCGACUGCACCUUCAAGACGGAAUUGAUAAGUCGCAGAUUGAGCUUGAUUAUACUCCCGGCAAGCGAGCCCAAGAAACUUCGCACGAGUCGGUUUUUGUCCCGAACAAACGGCACAAGUCUUCCCAGCCCACAAGGAAGGUGGAUAGUGGUCCAGCCAGGUCGUCGUUGGCUACCCCGACCAGGUGA